GGAAACUUCUAAAAGUGAGAUUUGUCCUAACAUAAGAAGAAAGAUGAUGAAUGAGUAAGGUGGGAUCCAACAGGAGUGUAGUAAAGGAUGGUACAAUUUAUGAAUUAUUUUUUCUUGAGCUCAAUAAAAAAACUCAAUGAAGGAAGGCAAAGGUGUAACCAUCUGGUAACUUUAUGAUUCUUAAGGAUUAAUUGAUUGAAGACUAAUAAAUUUGGAUAUCAUCAGUCAUAGAAAUGGAAGACAGUGAAGAACCUGAACAGCCUAUAUCAUUAGGGAGGCAGGAAUAUAGAAGGAGAAGACUACCCAGCCAACCGAUGGUAGAUAAGUCCCAGCAAACUGAACUAACAGAAAAAAAGAAAGCCAUGGUUGCAGUACAACCUCUGCCCCCUAAAGCUACACAUAGUAUUGGUAAUAUUCCUGGAAGUAAAGACAACUACUCUGGAAAAGAAUAUGAGUCUCUUAGACUGUCCUCUCAACUUCAGCAAACUUGGAUGAAGAGAAAACAUGACCAGGAAACGACUGACAAAUCUUUUCAGACAGACACUUCUGGGGAAGAAAAAGUUGAAGUCAUAUUCAUUGACAAAACGCUUACACUUGAAGAAAGCACAGCUGGUGUUGGAGAAACAGCUCCUGAGUUGCCACGGAGUAUUCCAGAAUUAGGGAUUCCAACAAGCAGACCCACCAGUCAUUUAACAGACAGAUCUCAGCAGACCAGUUGUACUGGUGACUGGAAUAUGAUAAACAUUUACCCAAAAGAUAAAGUGGACAAAGAACAACAGACUUACUUCAGUGGGAUAGAAAUUACUAUCAGGUCUAAGCCAGAUAGCUCCCCAAUUAAAUCGAAGGAAGAAACAAUGCCCAAUGCACAAGAAGGUUCUUUGGUUGAAAUAAAUGGUUCUCUCGAAAUAGAGGUUCAGUCAACUGAAAAACUCCCUGAUGUCAUGAUGUCUUUCACUGAAGGGGAGAUUUCUGGUGAAUUUCAGGCACUACCAGCUGAUGAGGCCACUGUUAAAGCAGAGCUCUUCUUUACAGAGGAGACCCCUAUCCAAGCACCAUCUCCAGCUGAAGAGACCUCUGCAGCUGAGACAGCCACUACAACUGCAAAAGAUGUUGUGGAUAUACAGUCUUCACCAGCUGAUGAGCUUUCUUCUAUAGAGGCCCCUGCUGACGUUAGUCCUCCAUUAGCGCAAGGGGAUCUUUCAGACAAGCCUUCUGAUCAACAGUAUCCCCAAGGAACUGAGGUGGCUCCUUCAGGACUUCCUGUUGAAGAUGUGGUUCCAUUCUCAGAAGAGGUUCUUGAGAAAGUUCAAGCUAUAGGAAUUGACACUAGGCUUGAAGACUUAGAUAGAACAGAGUCUACUACUGCUGAAAAGACAACUGGUGAAGUUCAACCUCCUCUAUCUGAAGAGACUUCUAAAGAGGUACCUGAUGAAGUUCAUUCUCCAAUAGCUCCAGUCUCUGGAGAAAUUCUUAUUGUAAUAGAUAAGAAGUUUGCUGUUGAUGAGGUCUUUGAAGAAGACCAGCCUCCAAUAAUUGAGGAAGUCUCUGUAGAUAAGGCUACUGAAGAAGUUCAGCCUCAAUUAGCAGAGGAUGUUUCUGAAGAAGUGGCUCCUUCAGAAGUUAUGCCUCCACCAACUGAACAGGGCAUUAUAGAAGACAUGACAGCAGAAGUUCCACCUCAACAAACUGAAGAGGGGCCUGCAGAAGUCCCACCUCCACCAGCUGAGGAGGCCCCUGUAGAAGUCCCACGUCCAACAGCUGAGGAGGCCCCCGCGGAAGAUCCACCUCCACCAGCUAAGGAGGCCCCUGUAGAACUCCCACCUCCACCAGCUGAGGAGGGGCCUGCAGAAGUUCCACCUCCACCAACUGAAGAGGGUCCUGCCUCUGCAGAAGUUUCACCUCCACCAGUUGAGAAGGACCCUGCAGAAGGCCUACCUCCAUCUACUGAGGAAACCCCUGCACAAGAUGUCCCCACAGAAGUUCAGCUUUCACAAGGUAAGGAAAGUCCUGCACAGAUCUUACCUUUUUCAGGUAAGUCCCCUGCUGAAGAGACCUCUGCAGAUGUUCAUCCUUCAUCCUUUGAGAAGGCUCCUUCAGAAAGUCUUCCUCUAGAAGAAGUUGUGAUUCCACAAGCUGAGGAGAUCCAUCUAGAUGAUUUAUCCAUUCAAGUGCAACCUCUACCAGCUGAGGACAUUGCAGUAGGUGUCCCAGCUGGAUUUCAGGGCCUUUCAGCUGAUGAAUACCCUACAAGAGAUGACAUUUCAUCCUUUGAGGGUGCUCCAAUAGAAGAAAACCCAGUUGAAGCACAGCUCCCGGCAGUUGAGGCAGAUAUCGCAGAAGAUGCUUCUGCUGUUCAUCCUUUGUCAUUAGCUCCUACAGGUAAGGUUCCUGCAGAAAUUCAGGUUCUACAAAUUGACAAUACUCCUACAGAAGUGGCACCAGUGGAAGAUCAGCCUCUACCAGCUGAGGAAGUCUAUCCCAAAAAGGUCUCAGAAGAAGAAUCUGCUGCAGCUGAAGUUAGGUCUCCUUUAUCUGAGGGGGAGCCUGCAGAAGUCACUGUGGAAGUACAAUUGUCAUUUGUUGAAGAGACCCCUCAAAAGGCUUCUGUUGAUGUUCAUCCUCCACCACCUGAGACCCCUGUAGAAGAAUCUCCUGUUGUUGAACAGCCUUUAAAAACUGAUGUGGUUACUAUGCAAGAGUUUCCUGUGGAAAAGAUUCUUGCUGAAGAUUCACUUACACCUUCAGAACAACCCCCUGCAGAUCAGGUUCUACCAAAAGAACAUCGGUUGUCCCAGGUAGCAGUAAUCUCAGAGCAGGAACUAAAGUCUCUUACUUUGACAAGUGAUAAAAAGACUGAAGGGACAGAUUCUGUUCCUGAAGAUGUGUCUGGUACCAAGGAUGAUCAGAUCUCUACUUUCAAAAUAGAAGUGAAGGAGAGGAUACGAGUCCCCAUGGUCAUCUUGAUAAGAUCUCCAGAGGAUACAGAGGGAGAUAGAGAAGAUCUGGAAGAUAUAAUAUGUCUUCUUUUGCCAUACAGAUGAGAUAUGGGGCAAAUUGAUUCCAGGAUUCCUCCAAAGUUACCACUCAGUUGCUUCACCCUACAUUGGACAGAAUUAGACAAACAAGCAAACCGAAGGCCUGGCCAUAUUAUCCUGUGAGAUGUUUCCUGGAAAGAAUUUGGACUCGUUUAUGUUUAUAGAGACUUGUUGUUUGCAGAGUUUAAAGACAACAGAAAGUAUUAUAGCCUUUUGAGUGAUUUAUCACAAGUCUAGCCAGGGGCUUAGGUAAGACAUUGGUAAAGGCAGAUAUGUUUACUGGCUCAAUACAUCUUGAUUAUGGGUGUUUACUGUCACUCAUUUGUAACCUUAUAAAGUUUAAAGACUAUAACAGAAAAGCU